GCAACUGCCAACCAGUGUGGGAAAUGCAAGCGCGGUCAACUGCAUGCCAACCAGAAGAAGAAGCAGCAAAGCAGGUAGCGUGAGUCUUACCCGCGGCAACCACCGAAAGUGCUCCCGACUUCGUUCUUCUCACGCCAACCCCACCUAUAACUUUACUCACUCAUCACCUCUGCUAGUUCCUCCACCAUGCAAGGCUCCUCCAACUGACAAACCUAAGCAAGCAAUCACUCUCCUGCACCUGCACACACGCACGCACGCUCUCGCUCUCCCGGUCGCGGAUCCAUGUCUUGCUUCGGCGUGACCACCAUGCCGACGACGACGGACACCUACUAUUACGCGUCCUCGUCGUCGUCGGGGCGGCCGGCGGGCCCAGGCGGCGGCGGCGGAAGGAGGCCGUGGCGGUGGUGGCGUGCCAAGUGCGUCGGCAUCGCGGCGGCCGUCGGGUACAGGCUCCGGAGGUCCGUCAUCGGGGGUGUCGACGUCCGCCGCCGUCGGCGCACGUCGUCGACCUCCGUGCACUACUCGCAGAACGGCUGGUGCCACCACCACCACCAACGGAGCUUCGCGCCGGUCUACGUCGACGACCUCUACAGCCACCACCACCACCUGCAGCAGCAGCAGCCAGCAGCCAAGGCCCUCCGCGGCGUCGUGCAGCAAGAGCCGAGCACCAGCGCCCGCGACAACAAGCAGCUGGCGACAACGGCGGCUGCAGCACCCGCCACUGCACCCGCGCGUGACACCGCCGCCGGCGGCGGGAGCGGCAAGCAGCAGCAGCAGCAGCAGGCGCGUGCCAUGGCGGCGGGCGUGGGCGCGAUGAGGAACGUGCUGCUGCGGAGCCCCGGCAGAGGCGGAGGCGUGCUCGGGGUGGUGAAGGGGAUGGGGGAGGUGGACCUCAGGGCGGAGCUCUUCAUCCGCAAGUUCAGGGAGGACAUGCGGCUGCAGAGCCAGCGCUCCGCGGAGGAGUUUCAGGCCAUGCUCGCAAGAGGCCUAUGACAUCAACACAUGACGACAUCUUUCUUAAUAAUUGAUAUCUACUAGCAUAGCAUAACACAUAGCAUAGGGGAUUGGUUAAAGGUUUAAGCUAGUAGUUUGCAUGGAUUUGUGGUUUGGUAAAAAUGAAGAAGAUUUAGGGCCUAGAUUACUGGAGUAGAUAGAUGAUCAAUCACGGUGUGCUAAUAGCCUAAUAUAAACUCUGUUAGUUGUGGCUUUGGUUGAGAGGUUGGUUUUCUUCGUGUAGUAGAUGUACAUACAGGAUUGUUGUUCUAUUAUAUUCAUUGGUGGUGUUGCUUGUAA